UGCUCUUAAAUCUUAAUCAGUAAUAAUACUACAGCAACUUUCCACCUCGUUAAUCCCACUAGCCAUCGCCUAUCGACUCGGGUUCUUUGGGUUGAAGUGAACUUUCCCGCCUUAAGAAAUCAGGAAAGCUGGUGUAAGUUUGCUUCUUCAAAAGGAAAGUAUUAGAUUCCCACUCCCAAUCGGAUUUCGAGUUCUCUGAUUCUAGUCGGCAUCGUUAAAUAAAUGUUACUGAGAAACAAAGGCAAUACAGAUUUAGAAAUUGGUGAAAUAACAGACUUGUCUCCAUGGAGGAUUUGGUGGUAGAAGCUCUCUUCAACGGAGGGAGAGAAACUCAGAUUCGAGCAGCAACAUAUCUCACCAAACUAACGACUGAAGCCAAAAAUUUAUUGGUCGACAAGGGCGUCGUCACUCCUCUUGUCUUCAUGCUUUGUUCUAAACAAGAUUACGAGGCCAUCGAAGCUGCUCUUUUUGCUUUACUCAGUCUCGCCACUCGUAGCCAAAAGAACAAGAUCCUUAUUGCAGAAUCUGGCGCGGUGCCGAUUAUUGUAGAUCUCCUCCGACAAAAAAGUAGCAGCUCGCUGUCUGAACUUGCUACGACUGCUCUGUUGAUACUCUCUUCCUGCACCAAGAACAAACCGGUGAUUGUGGCCGCUGGUGCCAUUCAGCUUUUAGUCGACAGCCUCACCACACUCGACAACAUAACUACAGGAACAGAAACAGGAAGAAGGCACAGUAGCGUGCAGGCCAACCUUGAUGCCAUCAGCGCGCUCCACAAUCUCUCAACCUGUCAUCAACUCGUUCCGUCAAUCGUGUCGGCCGGUGUAGUCUUUCCCCUUCUCCAGCUCGUAUACAACUCUAACAAGGCAUCCAAGUUGACCGAGAAGGCAUUGGCGCUACUCGAAAAAAUUGCUGCUUCGUCAGAGAUUGCAGUUGAUGAGAUUGCCAGCACCCAAGGAGGAAUUCUGGCACUUGUAGAGGCAGUUGAGGGGGAUUCCCAACAGAGCAGGGAGCACGCGGUGGGCGUGCUACUGUCAAUAUGUAGGACCUGCAUCGACAAGUAUAGGGGAUCGAUUUUGAGGCAAGGCCCGAUACCUGGUCUGCUUCAGUUAAGCCUGGAGGGGACUAGGAGAGCCAAGGAUAUGGCUCGAGAUCUGUUGAUUGUGUUGAGAAAUCCAGUUUCCCCAAACCAUGGUUUCAGAAGGAAGGGCACUCGGAAUGGAUUUCUGGAACAGAUUAUUGAAAAUAUUGAGUCAGUGGAAGAUGAGAAGGCUGCCGUUACAGCAAUGAGAUCACUCGAGGAGAUGAUUACAGAACUCAGAUCCCACCUCUAGAAUCUAGAAUUCUUCCAUGUCUUUAUUUGUGUUUGGGAUCGGCUGACAAAUUCACUCAUUGUAUCAUUGUGAUUGGCAAUAUCGUUUGUGUAUAUAAUAGCUAAAAUUUUGAGUGCUUUGGUUGGAACUUCUUUUCCCGUUUUUCACUUUAAAGGUUAAGAAUGUUUUCUUGACUGCAGUCUCGUCUCA